GCAUAAAGUGCGUUGACCGCAGCCGUGUCGACGCAAGACAUUGUAUUACGCGUGUCAACGCAUUGGGCGCAUCACAGGCACUGAAACAAGUCGUCGAGCUCGUUGCACCGGUUUUUGUAUCAUAUUUUGCUGCGAUAUUUUGGAAGGCUUUCAGCUAUGGCGGAUGGAAACGAAAUGCCAAAAGUGGAUUUUGAGAAGCAAGGGGGAAGCAUUGACAAGAGAACUAGACAGCUGAUGGAUGAAGUGGAUGUGAUGAAUAAGACUCGCUUGCAAAGGCUGACCCGUAUGCGCAAGAACGCUAAGGUGACUGCUGGCCUGAUCAGUGCCGCCAUGCUGGGCAUCUACGCCUACUCGAUGUACGCCGUGAGGCAGGAGACCUUCCUGGACGUGCUGGAUGAGGAGGUCCGUCAGCAGAAGAGCAAGCAGGCCUGAUGCAUUCACGGCAAACCGAGCGCAACGCUAGAAGGCUUCGUUCGGGGACUAAGUACGCCGGUGUGAGCUUAUGUGAGAUCAGGAUUGCGAGAGUCAGCGUUAAAGGAUUGCGCGAAGUGGGCACUGUUGCGCUGCUGACGGACCUCAGUGGCUAAACCGUGUGGUGUGGAAUAUUGUCCCGACGCCUUUAACGGGUGGACGGUUGAUUCAUUUUCGUGGAGCACUGCGUUUUCCGGCGUAAGUUGCGGGCUGUUGGUGUCGGGGAGCGCCCUCGGAGGGCACUCGAGCUCUGGGCUGUGGUCGCUCCUCUCGGAGGUGCGCUGCGGACUGCUCCGGCCCGAAUCAGCCAAUCAGCGCUGCCGACCGUCGCCGCGUCUCCGUCGCCAUGGCAGCGCCGCGGCUGCCGCCGCUGCCGUCCGUGCGCGAUCUGCUGCGCCUGUACCGGCUGCGCGCCGUGCAGCAGCUGUCGCAGAACUUCCUGCUGGAC